AAUUUCUAAAUCAAAGAAUGAUAAGUCACACUUCGAAAUUAUUAGUUUUAAUAUCAAUAAUAUUUGUUGAAGCUCGUGGUCGAUACGAAUAUAUCGAAGAAUCAGAUCUUCCAGCUUUCUAUUCAAUGAGAAGCGCUCAAAUGGCUCAAAAAGCACAGCUCGCUCCACAGCUGGCAGCAAUCCCACAGGACCCUUAUCAGCAGUACAUUCCUUACCAAAUGUAUCAACAAUUUGAAAUACCUCAGCAAUACAGCCCAUUUGCGGUGUAUAGUCCUGUAUAUAGACCACAAGCAGCUCCAGUAGCUCCACCUCCACAAUUCCAAGCUGCUCGUCCAGCACCAAUCCAGUACCAUCCAAUGGCAUACUAUCAUCACGCCGGGCAAACCGGACAGCCACAAGUGGCUCCAAUGCGCAAAAAGUCAGCGAAAACCUAAUUUUGGUGAUAAUAUUGGGGUUGUGAAAAUAUUUGUAAAAUUCUAAAAUGUAUGUAAAUAAAGAAAAUGAGAUUACAACAAA